UGACGUCAUAGCCUCUCGUGUCCCAGUGACUGGGAUUUCUUUUUGAGAUGAUUUAACUCAACUAACUGAUUUAACUCCGGCGCCUACCCUAUCCUUGGCUUUUGAUCUUCCAAGUCUCUGAUAAUAAUGAUAAUGGAUAUUUAGGAUAAAUUCUGAUAAUGAGUGAAUACAUCCAUCUGCAAGUCCAACCACUGAAUAGAAGACGAGGUAGCAUGAAGGCCUUGGUUCUUUUGGAGUUGGGAAUAAAAGGGAGAGUGUAUACGGACAAAUCAAGAAAAGGCCGAAUCGUCACCAUAUGCACACACCAAAGACUCCGGACGUACAAAUCCACGUAAGUGCCCCCGAAACCUGGCCAGUAGUGUUAGCGAUUGCUGGAAGCUUUCUUAUUCUGUCAACCAUAGUGACGUGCUGCUUAUGGCGUUACGUCAAAAAACUAAAACGGAAAAUCAACCCUAGAGAAUCUCAAACCAACGACAACUGUGAUAAAACCAUUGAAACAAAUAAUACACACUCUAAAUCAAAUAUGAAGAGAAACGCUAUUCAUCCAAUAGACGUGUAUGAGAACGUUCAUGAACUGAAACCCCAACUACAUCCCUUGGACGUGUUCACUAGGAAAGGUAAACCGUUACCUCUAGCCAGGGUAUCGCCGACGUUCCUUCCAGAAAGCAGGGAAACCAUAAAGAGUAUCAAAAGCCACAACGAUAUUUUCAACAUUUACAAGUCGUCUGUGAAUGAUCCGCAUCUACACAGGACAGGACGACGUGUCAGUAAUGCUGUGUAG